AAGAAGACACCUUCUAAUCAAAGAUGGCGACUCGUCUGAGCACAAAUGCUUUCGUCCGAACCUUGUACUUCAUUGUAUUUCUGGACAUGCUGGGAGUUAGUAUGAUCAUUGGAAUCAUGAUACAAGCGUUUAAGAGCCGAGGAAUAUCUCCUUCUGUAACUGGCCUAGUUGGAUCUCUCUAUGGAGCUAUUCAGAUAUUCUCUGGUCCUGUCAUAGGUAGAUUGGGUGACGUGUAUGGACGUAAGAAGUUCAUGUUCUUAUCUUAUUUGAUGCCAGGACUGAGCUACUUAAUACUUGGCACUACAUCAUCAGUACACCUACUGAUUGUGAGCAGAAUUCUUAAUGGUGUCUUUAAACAUGGUCAGUUAUGUUCCAGAGCGUACAUCACAGAGCAAGUACCCAGUGACAAACAAUCGGCCAUAUUGGGAUAUUUCAAUUCCUUUAGCAGCCUGGGUUUCAUCAUCGGACCCCUUGUUGGAGGGUACCUAGCAGAAAUGGACCCCCAACUAGGCCUACCAUUCAUAGCAUCAGCAGGUGUCUUUUUCACAGCCUCUACGGUGAUACUACUAAUGAUACCGGAGUCAAAAAAUAUAGCAAAAACCGCUACUUUUAACUGGAGGGAAGUCUUUUCCUCACUCAAUAUAUUCGAUGGGUUUAAGUGGUCGGAACAAUAUGACAUACUCCUAUUUCGAUUUGUGUCUUCUCUCUCGGUUAUAACCUAUCGAAGGAACUUUACCAUCUUCCUAGAAGAGGUACAUGGCAUGACAGGGAAACACAGCACCAAAGGUUUGAUAAUGUCCUUCAAUGCUAUUGUGGGAAUGAUUGCGUCAAGUUUCGCCGGGCGGGUCUCGAAAUAUUAUCGUAGCCAAUCAAAAUUACUCGUUCACAUGACGAUCCUCAUGUGUCUCGCUAUGAUUGGUUCCGUCUGGUUGCCAUGGCUACCGGUCACCAUUGUCUGUUUGAUCCCGUUGAGCGUGGCGACAGCUAACCUUCGGAUUGCGUCGGUCAAAGUAAUGUUGACGAGGGGAGACCAGGGUCAGAAGGGGGCGUUAAUUGGAAUAGGAGCAUCUGUGACAUCACUCGCUCGUGCAUUGGGUCCGAGUGUUGUGGGCGUGGCUCAAGAAUACAGUAGUGUGUAUUCCGGAUACAUAAGCAGUGGACUGGGUGUGGUUAGCUUAUUAUUAGCAUUUAAUGUUUAUUAAUCAUUAUUUUUAUUAUCCAUAUGUUGUAUUAGUACUUUCAUAUUAUUAUUAUCAUUAUUAUUAUUAUUAGUAUUAUUAGUAUUAUUAUUAGUAUUAUUAGUAUCAUUAUUAUUAUUAUUAUUAUGUAUUGUUAAUAUUAUUACUAUUUUUCUGUUUAUUUUUAAAACUCCUCACAAAAAACGGAGAUCAUAAAA